AUGGUUUUCGCACGCUCCAUCUUCACCUUCACCGUCCUGGCGGCAGUCCCCUUGGCCUACGGCCAGGGCGUGAUCCAGAGUGCACAGGGAGCCAAGGGUUCCCCUGCCAGUCUGGGCCUGCAAGUCAAGACGGGCGGAACGGAUGCGAACAUCAUUAACAGCAAAGAGAUCGUCUCCAACGUGGUCAACGAGUGUGGCCGGACACUUCUGGGCGGCAACAUUGACAUUGGCGAAAACACGGAGGAGCAGCUGGCAAACAACACGGUCACGUCCGUGACGAAAGGCAGCACUGUCACGGUCAAGAUCGCCAAGGGCAGUGCGAGCGGUGCAGGCCCCUACACCUGCGACCUCGACCUGACCAGCAACGGCAAUGGUGCGACGGGCCAGACCAACCUCACUGUCGCGGAGACGGACAGCAACGGCUCUAUCUCGCUCGCCGUGACCAUGCCGUCGGACAUGGCUUGCAUCGGAGCCUCGACCGGAAACGUGUGCACGGUCCGCUGCUUCAACAGCGCCGCUGCCGGUCCCUUUGGCGGCUGCUUCGCAGUCAAGCAGACUGACACCACUGCCAAGGCCAACACCCCAGACAACAUCGAGACAGAGCAGACGGCUGCCGGCAUCGCGGCUCAGGUCGCGGUGAACAAGGCCGACCUAGCGUCCGCUCUUGCGGCUAACGCCAACGCCGGCGCCUCUGAGGCCGAGCAGGGCCUGGCUGCCGUUAAGGCGCUGGCCGACGACAGCACUGCUACGGCUGAUUCUGCUGCUGCCACUUCCACCGCCAAGGCGACCAAGACUAAGGGCUCUGGCGCAAAGGCAACCAACGCGGCGAAGGGCAACGGCAACGGCUUCAAGGGCUUUGGUGGCUUCGGCGGCAACGGUGCCAACGGCUUCGGUGCUAACGGCGCCAAUGGUGCCAAGGCUGCUGCCGGAAACGGCUUCCGGGGCUUCGGCAAUGCCAAGCGCAACAUGCGGUGGGGCAAGCGGUACGUCGUGCCGGCUGUUGAGGCUACUGAGGACAACUAG